UCCCGCCUGUUCCGGUGUGGCCCAUCCGCCUCCCUCCGCCGCCCACUGCUUACUUUUCUUCCUUCCACACCUUCCUCCCUUCCUCCACUCUCCUUCCUUCCCCUCCUUUUAUCCCAUCCCAACGAUGGCACCUUUCUUUUGCCUCGCGUACAAGAGUCGGGGCUCCGAGCCACCAACCACUACUUCCGUUCUUGCUUCAGCGUCGCCUCUUUCUCUCGCUGUGAAGAAUCUGGUUGGUUGCGAGAGGGAAGGAGAUCAGACGUGAAGUACUUCGUACAAGGGACAGGGAAUGAGGGAUUUGGUUGUGGUGGUGCUGUGGUUGUUGGUGUUGGUGAGUUGGGGAGAGGGAAAGAGCGCUGAUGUGGAGGUGAGGGUGGUAGGGGAGGCCGCCAUCGCCACCACUGACGAGCAUUUCGUGUGCGCGACGAUCGACUGGGGGCCUCCUGAACACUGCGACCCUGCCGAUACUCGUUGCCUUGCAGCUCACCCGCAGACUUCCGUCCUUAACUUGGACUUGCAUAACCCUCUUCUAGCCAAGGUUGUCAAAGCUUUUGAUCGGUUGAGGAUAAGGAUCGGGGGAUCAUUGCAAGAUCAAGUUAUUUAUGAUGUGGGAGAACUGCAGUCCCCAUGCUUACCUUUCAAAAGGGAUAAAAGUGGGUUGUUUGGUUACACUGAGGGUUGUUUGCGCAUGGACAGGUGGGAUGAACUGAAUAAGUUCUUCAACCAGACAAGGGCAAUCGUUACCUUUGGCCUAAAUGCACUAUACGGGAGAAAGAAAGGUGUAAAUGAAGUUUGGACUGGUGAUUGGAAUCCUAACAACAGCCAUUCCUUUAUAGACUAUACAGUUAAGAAGGGAUUUCAAAUUGAUUCAUGGGAAUUUGGGAAUGAACUAAGUGGAAAGGGCAUUGGUGCAAGUGUACCUUCUGGACAAUAUGCCAAAGACCUGAUUAAGCUCAGAUCCCUAAUAAAUGAGAUUUAUGAUAGCAACUCAUUGCACCCACUGUUGCUGGCGCCAGGGGGUUUCUAUGAUGAGCAUUGGUUUAGUCAACUUCUUCAGGAUUCAAGGCCAGGAGUAUUUAACGUGUUAACACAUCACAUUUAUAAUCUUGGUGCACCUGAUGAUCCCAAUCUCAUUGAAAAGGUCUUGGACCCUGGCUAUCUUAGCCAUGUAGCUGGGACCUUUAGAAGUCUUCAUAGCAUUAUACAAAAAUUUGGUCCAUGGACGACUGCUUGGGUUGGAGAAGCUGGUGGUGUCUUCCGUGGUGGUGCUCCUGAUUUUUCUGAUACUUAUGCAGACAGUUUCUGGUACUUGGAUCAGCUUGGUAUGUCAGCUAGAUAUGACACAAAGGUGUACUGCAGACAGAAAUUGAUAGGCAGCAACUACAGUCUCCUAAAUGUAGAAACGAUGGUACCAUAUCCUGAUUACUACAGUGCAUUGUUGUGGCAUCAACUCAUGGGGAGAAGAGUUCUUUUCACCAAUGUUACUGGGUCAGCGUAUUUGAGAGCCUAUGCACAUUGCUCAAAAGACAAUGCCGGAAUUACAAUGCUUCUGAUAAAUCUGAGUAAUGAUACAGAAUUCAGGAUCAUGUUACAAACAGAUGCCAAUAUCACUGCACCACCAUCUGAGAAUAUCAUCAUCAAGAAGAAGGGAACGUUCAUGCAUGGACUUAAAAAAGUUGUGGCAUGGAUGGGAAAGAUGGCUCCUAACCCUAAAGUUAGGAGAAGGGAGUACCAUCUAACUCCAAGGCAUGGAAAGCUCAGAAGCCAAAGCAUGUUGCUGAAUGGGGAGCUACUGGAGCUUACCCUUGAUGGUGACAUUCCUUCUUUAAGUCCUGCAUUUGUCGGUGCCAAUUCUUCUAUAUCCGUCAUGCCCUUGUCUAUUGCAUUUGUUAACUUCCCUCAUAUUGAUGCUCUGGCCUGUUCUCCUGACAAGGCAGCUCGAACAUAGAUGGUUAUAAAUCUUGUCCUACAGUUGCAUUUAUUUGUUAGAUGACGGCUAUUUUCAUAAUCCCCAAGCAAAGGAUUGGGAGAUUUCCUGUCAUACUGUGAGUAUCGUCAUCCUUCUGCUGACUUGCUCUGGUUCUUGUAUAGGUAGUCUUGAUUUUGUUUGUCAUUGUGGCCCAAGGCACUAGUUUUUUGUCUAUUGUUAUGAGUCUCGCUGUCAAUUGGGUGGGUGAAGGGCAUUAUUUUAUUGGUGAGUGUAUCAUGCAUUUUCUUUCUUGCGUAAAGUGUAUCAUACAACCACAUGAUUAGAUUUCAGAACAAUACUGAUGGUAAUUUAAAUGAAUUUCUGUGA